AUGACAUACUGUUUGAUGACGACAACACAUCUGUUGGUAUCAUUCCAAUCACCACCUCUUUCAAGUCGCUACAGAAGCCUUCCUUCUCCAAACCACUAUAUGAUUUCGGCUUUCUGCAUUUCCUCCUCCUCCUCCGAAGAAGAAGAAGAAGUAAAUGUUGAUGCCAACACUAAAGGCAAUCAAGGCAAUGGAGUUCGAGUCAAUCCAACUGAUAAUCCAUCGCCACCCGAACCUCAAGAUGAUAAUGGUGAUGCCGAUGAUAAAAAGUCUGAGAGUUUUACCUCAAACACAGGAUCUUCGGAUGAAAACAUUGCAGAUCCUUUUUCCUUGUUAGAACUCCAAGACAACUUUGCUGCUGCUGUUUCCAAAGUUGAUUCUCUUGAUAAAGUCGUUGCACAUAUUAACUCUAAGGCCGAUCAGAAGGUUACCAGCUUCGACUCCAAGCUUGAACUCAUUAUCAAAUCUCUCUUUGAGAUCAAAGAUGUUGGCCCCUUCGAACUCGAUCAACCCAAUCAACUUGACCAACUCAUUUCACUCUGA